AUGUCGACAACACCAUAUGUCCCUCCCAUUGACGGCACGGCCACUCAGCAUGAUGGUACAAGUCACUUGGCCAUAAAAAUCACGUUCACUCGUCGCCUUCUGACUCUAAUCGCCCUCAAGACCUCCGCACACUUCCAUCGUCGCGAUGGACCCUGUGUUCCAAUUUCAAAACGCGUCAUCGUCAAGACGGGCCCGUUCGUGCACCUCACUGAAGCGGCAACUAUGAACUUUGUCGCUGCCAAUACCUCCAUUCCCGUACCAGCUGUUCACUGCUCCUUUGUUCACAACAAUCACGCUUUUAUUGUCAUGGAGCGCAUUCAAGCAAAAUCUCUUGCAGAUGCCUGGAACACACUAUCGGACACAGAUCGAAACAGCAUCUUUGCUCAGCUUCGAAACAUGAUGCAGGAACUGAGGGCUCUUUUUCCACCUUCUGGUACAGACAUUGAGAGCUGUAUAAGCGGCUCUUUGCGUGACUCGCGCAUACCUAGGUCAAGACCUAGGUUCGGACCCUUUAAGUCUAUACAGGAUUUCCAUCUGUGGUUGCGUGAAGAUCUCAAUCCAGAAGAGCAUCCAGAUCGCACUUGUGACCAAGACUGGGAAGAAAUAAAAGAAAUGGUAACCCAGCAAGACGGGCCAUGGCCAUCCCCAGUCUUCACUCAUGGGGACCUGAACCCUUUCAACAUCUUAGUUUGCGGUGAUCAAGUUGUCAGUAUUAUUGAUUGGGAGUUUGCGGGUUGGUAUCCGCACUAUUGGGAGUAUACUUCUGCAUGGUAUGGAAACCGUAUUCGGCAGGAGUGGCAAGACUUGAUCGCCAAAUUCCUGGACGUUUAUCCUGCUGAACUAGAGAUGGAGAAAACACGACAAAGAUGGUGGGGAGAUUUUUGA